CGAACGUUUCACUGAAAAGUUUUCAGUAAUUUCUCAUCCUAAGCUGCGUUAUUCGCAGGUUUCAACAAGUGUUGCGUUAUUCCCACGAAAUUUACAUCAGAACCAGCAGAACUUCUCCUCAACUUGUUCAACUGCCGUUUCCCAAUGUCAGGAGCUGGAGGACACAGUUGUGAACAUGAGCAUCAUGACCAUCCUGUUGGUCCAGAGGCUGGAAUAGAAUACUCUCUCUACACUAAGAUUGACACUGACAAUCUAGAGUGUUUGAACGAGCAUAUUGAUGGAGCAGGAAAAUCUGUUUUUAAACCAUGGGAAGAUCGAUUAAAAAAGGACAAGUAUGUUGACAGCGAUGCAGAUGAAGAACUGUUAUUUAAUAUUCCUUUCACUGGAAAUGUGAAAUUGAAAGGAAUAAUUUUGAUAGGGGGAGAAGGAGAAAUGCAUCCAUCCAAAAUGAGACUUUUCAAAAAUCGGCCCAAAAUGUCAUUUGAUGAUGUUAGUGCAGCUGCUGACCAAGAAUUCGAAUUGACUAGAGAUGGUGAUGGAUCUGCAGAAUAUCCCAUUAAAAUUGUGAAGUUUUCUUCUGUGCACCAUCUCACAAUUCACUUGCCUUCAAAUUUUGGAGAUGACACAUCUAGAGUUUAUUACAUUGGAUUGCGAGGAGAAUGGACCCCACCACACCACCAUGGAGUGACAAUCUGCACUUACGAAAGUGCACCCAACGUCUCAGACCAUAAAAAAAAUCUGAUGGAUGAUGUGUCCCACCAAAUUAUGUAAGUCAAAGAAAUAUUUACCUCAGCUGUGAAGUGACUGGUACAGAUAAAAUCUAAAUUUGUUCACUGAUCACACAUUUAAUGAAUUCAAAUGAAUUUGUACAAAUAUGGAAAACAGUAAAUAUCACAAUGGAAUAGCUAUGUACAUGACAUACAACUUUGUUCAAAAUCCUUUUAGUUGUUUUCUAGACAUGUUUUCUUGUCAAUUGUGCUCAGUUUCAUCUUCCUUAAGUAAAGGCAGCAAGGUAAUAUGCUUCAUCACUGAUAUGUUACUUUCUGGUAUACCUUUCUGGUCCUAAUUAAAUCUAAAAUUUAAUGGCAAUUAAAGAUGCUGAAGGAAGGAAAGUUAUUAAUAGAGGUUUGCUGGGUAAAUCUUUCCUCUUUAGCUAUGACUUAACAUGUUUUGCUGUGUAAGAUUCAGUUCAUAACAUUCUGCCUUCUGUAUAUAAUCUUCAUUUCUUUAAUUUUGGCACUCCUACUUUUUCAAAAUAUUUUAUUCUGUAAUAGAAAUCUUGCAUCAAAGAUUCAUUAUGAUAAAUGUGGAAUAUGAUGUGUUUCAUAAAUCUAAUGGAAAAUUGUCUGAUACAUACUUAUACACGAGGAUCACAUAACUGUAAACAUACAAAUAAAAAUUACUGAGUUAAAAAUACUACAAAAUGGAAAA